GUGUGCCAGGGUGCGUUCAGAAUACUGGGGUGAAAGAGUUUGGUUGGGUGGAAGCUCCAGAUGGGCUCUUACAACCCUGGUGAGCUUUAGCUGGUUAUUUUAACUGUCAAUCUGGAAAGUCUGGACCCACGCAAAGCUACUGGAUCACUGGGAGACUUUUGAAAGCUCGUGGGAACAAAUUUCCUGUCUGACCCAGCAGGAGAUCAUAAAACGUCUGAAGGAUCCAUGGUGGAAUCAGAUCUGGGCUUGUAGGUGAAAACAGGAUGUCGACGCUGCCAUCAGACACCAACCCUGAAGAUGCCAACAGUCACAGCUUCUGGAUGUAGGUCUUCCUCUCUCUCUGUGUCCUGGCAGCCUGGGAACUAUCAGCGCACUGUGAAGCGAACAGAAGAUGCGUUCCAGGCCUGUAAUGACAUCGUGGUGUGUUUCCAAGAGAGAGCUCGGGUGGAGAGACAGUACGCCCAGCAGCUCAGUGAAUGGAGCAACAAGUGGAAGCCAGUAGUGGACGCCAGUCCUCUAUAUGGAUCCCUUAUGAAGGCCUGGCAGUGUUUCUUGUCCUCCGCUGACCGGCUAGCCUCCCUACACGCCUCCAUCUGUCGCUCCCUGGUGUCGGAGGACGGAGACCAGGUCCGGACCUGGCAGAAGGACACCUUCCACAAGAAGUUAUUCGGAGGCUUCAAGGAGUCUCAGGACACCGAUACAGGAUUUGCACGUGCUCAGAAGCCGUGGGCCAAACGACUUAAAAAGCUGGAUAAAGCCAGGAGGGCGUACCACAAGGUGAGCCGUAAGGAGCAGAUAGCCAGAGAGCGGGAGACACACGCUCAGGGGAACCCGGAUGUGGCCAUCGACAAACAGAAGAAGAUCCAGGAGGAGAGAGAGUUGGCUCAGCAGGAUGCUGAUAAGGUUCGCGCUCGCUACGAGAAAGUCCUGGAGGAGGUGAACCGCUACGCCCCCCGCUACAUGGAGGAGAUGGAAUCCGUCUUCGACCAGUCGCAGGACGAGGAGCGGAAGAGGAUCGUCUUCCUCAAACAGGCCUUCCUCUCCAUCAACAAACAUCUGGAUAUCACCACCAAUGAGAGUGUGAGAGCCGUGUACAACGAGCUCCACAACACACUGAUGGCCAUCGAUGAGCAAGAGGACCUUCGCUGGUGGAAAAACACCUACGGGCCUGGCAUGCCCACCGACUGGCCUCACUUCCAGGAAUGGACACCUGCAAAGAAAGCCAAGAAGGGGAAGAAAGAUGUAGAAAAGAAAGGAACAAUAGAAAAGAGUGUGAUGAUUGGAGGAGUGAGAGUCAGAGCUCUGUAUGAUUAUGUUGGACAGGAGACGGAUGAGCUGUCCUUUAAAGCAGGUGAGGAGUUUUUGAAGAUCGAGGAUGAGGACGAUCAGGGCUGGUGUCGGGGGAUGAAGGACGACGGGGGGGAGGGGCUUUACCCCGCCAACUACGUGGAGGUGGUGGUGUAGCUCUGGCGUGUCGUCUGAGAAUGAAAGGUCCUGUUGGGUCACGUGCUUCAUGUCACUGUGGUAGUCGCAGCCUGGUUAAAGAACAACACUGAGCAGCUGUUAGCCAAAGAUGUGGUCUGUGACGACAGGGUGGUGGAUAGUUUAGCAUGUCGAGGUUUUUAAAGUGUAAUCUCUUGAAGGAUUUUGACAAAUAUUUUAAUAUAUACAGUGUGCAUACACCCCUUGUAUUGAAGCCAUAUGAUAAGCGAUGCUUUAAUGUAGAAAAAGAUAAAUAUGCUGGAGUCCAAAGGUACUUUAUAUAUAUAUAAAAUAUCUGGUGCUGAAACUGCAUUACAGGAGUGCUAUUUUCUUUGAGCUGUUACAUUUGCUUGCACCUCAACACAUUGCUAUUAAGGGCUCACAAAGCCUCACGACAUAUGAAGAACGUGGUGCUAAUACUGUGAUUUAUAAUGAAUCGGAAGCAGCUGUACGAGUGGAGUCAGUCAGCUGUGACACCUGCGUUUCUGUGUUUUUAAAGGAACAGGCUGAAAUGUUGAGGAAGGUGGUUGUCUGUUGUUUCGCCCUAAGUCGAGCCAUGUUCAGACAUGAACUCUGGAGGAUGUCCGCACAAUUGGAUCUGGACUUUCUUCAGUUUUCCUUUCACAUAUGAAAGACCCAGCUGGAGAUUGUCUAUUUCGGGGCGGUGCAGCAGGCAGAGGCAAGAUGUAACGUAUUAAUUCCACUGCGGAGAUCACGUGUGUUUGUUUACAUCAACACCAGCGUCGGCUCUUUUCACCAAAGGUUUCUUCACAUCUUGGUCUCUGUCUUAUACGUCCGUGGCACCACUUUUUAAUCCUCAGAUAGACUAUUUGUUUUGCUUUUUUUCCAUGUUUGCGUCGGCCUCUCGUUAGAAACGUCAUCACGCUCACUUGCGGUGAAUCCUCCUGAGGAUCCUCUGCUGUGUUCUCACAUUGGCUCAUUCAGGCAUUUUGCAGAAUUCUUCCUCAGGGGGGCUGGCUGGAGAAACUCUGGAGAAAGUCCAGAUUCUCUUACUUGGACAUUUGCAUUCUCACGUACAGCCCUCCGGAGACUGUCAGAUUAUCUGUAGUUCAGGCAUGUCUGAAAGCAGCUGUAGAUAUAAAAGGAUGUCCAUUUCAUCCCAAGUACAGAGAAUAACUGCAGCCUUGGGUAACGGCAUCACCACAUUCCAGGAACUCUCUUUCUUAGUUUAUAGUUUGUUAUAAUCAAUAUUUUACUCAUGUUAUAUUACUUUAACAAUUUGUCAGUGAAUACUUUUAUGUGGAAGGGGUGAAAGCCCGAUCCUUGUUGCAAACCCAAAGAAUUAUCACCCAACGCUGCAGCUCCUUUCAGCUCUGUGGAGCUUUAUUGGAUGAUUUGGUUUCCUGCCUUGGGGCUAUUGUUUUGGUUCACUCCCACUGCUCUCAUGACCUCGAUUUCAUCUGCAGCAAGCAGCCGAUUUCAUCAAGAAAGCUAUAAAAAUGCCCCAGUACACUAUAUUCUCAGGAACAAAAAGCAGUCUGGCACAGUAAGAAACUACCUGGUGAACAAAAAAGGAGCAUUUAGCAGCUUGAGAGCCGAGACGUUUCCCCAGAGAGUGCAGAGCAAAAACAGGAUUUAAAGAAAUAAAUAAACUUACAAUUAUCAGAGAUCCAGGAACAUAACUCCAAAUAGGCUCCAUGUCUGUUGGAGGUGUGAACAUACGUUGGCCCCUCAGGACAAAAAGCAAAAACAAAAAUAUAAAGGAAAUAUGCUUCAAAUUAAAACCAUAAAUAAAGAUGAACUAUGUGACAGCUCCCAGAAGGGGCAGCCUCUCAAUCACACCCUGGUGGCUGGCUGCAGUAUAGGUCAUUAAUCCCGCCUCCAUGUUAAUGGAUGAAGGACGGACCAAAAAGUGGAAGGAAGUGGAGAGACGUUGUCCGGCUUUAUAUACAGUCUCAGCUUCAACCCCCCUCCCCCCAAAAAAACCCACACAUAAAUUGGAGCUAAAAAAGGAAAAGAUUUUUAGACCAAUUGCUCUAAAAAUGUUGUUAAAGUAAUCUCUGGCCAGGAUAUUUCCAGAGGAAACUGGUCACUCUUCUUCAGCAGACGCCAAACAAUUCUAUUUCUGAGCAUGUCAGACUGUUCCUUUUUAAGAUGCGUUAAGGGGAACAAAUAGUUCUCCUGUCUGUGUGUAAUAUCUAAUCAUACGUUGCUUUACCAAAAAUAAAAUUCAGGGUUUGCCUUGCCCUUGUCCUUAUAGCCUUCUUCUGUAUCCUUGUAUGUGCUGUGCCUAUCUGUCAUGUAUAUUCCCCAAGAACACUUUCUUUUUGCAAACUGUCUUGUUUUGGAAAUAAAAUUUUCAACUGUUACACAAGCAGAAGUGUUUUUGAACCUGUGGUAGAAAGAAUGAAAUUGUGUGCGUUUGUUUGAAUGAGACAAAGGGGGAGUUGUUGAAUCACCAUGCCAUCAUCGUCUGUCCCGUCCUAGAGUUCUGCCUGUGGAUGUUAUUACACACACACACACACACACACACACACACACACACACACACACACACACACACACACACACACACACACACACACACACACACACACACACACACACACACACACACAGUCACUUAAGCCUUGUGUCUGUGUCAAGGGAACUAUGCCCAGGUCAAAUGCUGCUCUUUAUCUCAAUGAUGCCACCACAGAGUCAUAUGCAGCCUGAUAUCAGCACAUGGCCAUCAGCCAAGCACAAGGCCUUAUACCAGUGCGUGAGAGCAAUGUUAAAUCUUGGUAUAUUCACUUUCUACUCUACGCACCCAGGCCCCUUUUUGUUGUAAAUACAAGCUGACAGGGGCAUGUAGGAAUAUGUUUCCACAGCAGCAAGGGAGAUAAUGAUGUCAACCUGGAAGGAAUUUCCUCACCUGAUGACAGUUUUCUUGCUUGCAGCAGACAGAGACUUAUCUGCAAUCACAAAGACGUACUCGGCUGACGCUUUGCCCUGUGAUGCAGCUAUUUCUUACAAAAUACAGGAAAUCCUUCACAAGAUGGAGAACACAGAUUGCACAAAGUGAUUUAAUCUGUUUUUAUCAAGCAUUUUGAUGCAAACAAAUCCUAUUUCUGUCCAAUAGGGAGCUAGGGAUUUUACCCUGUGGCUAAAUUUGCUUUACUGUGUUCAGUGGUUCGCAUGUGAACAGGGAGUGUGUCGUAUUUUCCAUAGCUUCUCCACUAAAACCUGAAUCUGUACAGCAAAGUCAUUUUCUGAACAGUUGAAUGAAGAACUAAAACUCUGCUUAUAGGUUCACACCUUUUGACAUUGUCACUGUCCACAAUUGUUUUUUUGAUACUGAUGGUAUUGUGUAUUGAUUAUAAUGUAUUUCUUUAUAACCUGUACUAUACAAUGAAGUGUGAAAAAUAAACAGUUAUUGUAGAGAA